AUGAGUAAUCUAAUAUUACUCAGUGAGUCUAGGACCUCUAUACAAGGGGGAUUCCCUAAACUCCAAACACAAACGCCGCGGGAUAAGAGCCCCGCCUCACCUGCAUUGAGGUUAGUACACAACCUGCAUAACAUAUGCAAUCACAACAAUAAUGAUGCUAUAGCCUUAAGACUAACCGUACCCCAAUCAAACAAGAACAGGCGCCUAGGUGCAUUAGCCACAUUCUCUGCCCACGCCUGUGAAGGUUCACGCUCAUCCGGAAUCACACAGAAACUAGAUGAACGCCUUCACCCGGGCACUACAGUCCAUCGCGGUACCCGGUUCAUCCUUCCAUCUAUUGGCCUUACUGGCGCACCAUGCCAAUGUCUGGUUGGAUCCCAUAUCGUCAUAUGGUACCAUACUCGGCCAAGGCAGCUGACCAGGUUAUCCUCCGAGUCUUCCUCCCUUCAUGCACAGCCUCCUCGCUGCCAAUCCGGUUGGGCUCUGACGUGCGAGAAUGCGCUUGACUACACCUUCCUAGACAACAUGUGGUUAGACACGCCACAUGUUCUCAGUACUUAG